UGCAUAUACUCAUGACACGGUUCGAUGCCCAUCAACAGAAUAUCGAGUGACGCAAGCUCUUACACGACACGAGUCAAGCACACCCAAGUGAACUCAGCCUCACCUUCCACCAAAGCGCAGCCUUUUUUCACCAAGAAUCAAGAACAUCAAAACCCCUUUUUCUAUCAUCCUCCAUUUCUCCUAGAAGCCGAAAGCCUAAAAAAAGUACAGUCAAUAUGCCGGUCGGCGUUCUCGCUUUACAGGGUUCCUUCAACGAACACAUCGCCGCUCUAAGGCGGAUUGGGGUGAAGGGGGUGGAGAUUAGGAAAGCAGAACAGUUAGACAACGUAAGCUCGCUCAUUAUCCCCGGCGGCGAAAGCACCACCAUGGCUAAGCUUGCCGAAUUGCACAAUCUGUUUCCUGCACUCCGUGAGUUUGUAAAAAUGGGAAAGCCAGUUUGGGGAACAUGUGCUGGUCUCAUCUUCUUGGCAAACAAAGCAACUGGACAAAAAGAAGGAGGGCAAGAACUUGUUGGAGGGCUGGAUUGCACAGUUCAUCGUAAUUUCUUUGGUAGUCAGAUUCAAAGCUUUGAAGCUGAGGUUCCCGUACCAGAUCUUGCUGCUAAAGAAGGUGGCCCGCCAAGUUUUCGUGCUGUUUUUAUCCGCGCUCCUGCAGUUCUUGAAGUGGGGCCCGAUGUUGAAGUGUUGGCUUCUAUUUCUAUUCGGUCAACCGAAAUAGUUGACCCAAGUCAAGAAGCUCAACCCGAUACUAAAGUGAUUGUAGCUGUCAAACAAGGAAAUCUACUCGCAACCGCAUUUCAUCCUGAGUUGACUAUUGACUCUCGAUGGCAUAGUUACUUUGUGAAAAUGUCGGUUGGUAAUAAUGAAAUAGUGGCAUCGAGUAGUAGCAGUAGCUCUUAUGAAGAUCAAGAAAGUUUCCUUUACAACAAGCAACCAAAAACCGAUCUUCCUGUAUACGAGUAGCUAUGAAAUUGAUUGAUAUAAUUGUUGAGGGGUGUUUUUGUUAAUGGGAUGAUUCAACAAGGGGGUGUUUGCAAUUUUCAGGUCAUUUGUGUAUAUAAUGAAGGAAAUUGAUUCAUCUUUUGCUUUUUGUUUUGUUUUGUUUGGAC